AUGUAUGUAGGUAUAGAUGACUUCGACGCCGCUGCUUGUUUCUUCCUUUCUUGGUUUCUCACGACCGCUGGCUCUGCUCCUCAAGUCGCCCAUUUUCAUUUUGACUUUCAUCGGAUCGGGUCGGAUCACCUCAAAUCAAAUCAAUCGUCUUCCACGUAUCAUUGUCUCUAUCACUUCGUUGUAGUUUUCCUAUAUACAGGGAGAGAAAUUUGGGUGUAUUUAUCAGUAACAAUUGCUUCUUCCCUCUUUCUUUUUUAAUUCUCAUUUCAUAUCAAUUAUUAAUAUUAGUAUUGAUACCUAUAACAUACAGUGAUUGAGUGAGUGGCAGUUUGAAGUAACUAGUAAUUAGAGUAUCAGCAGUCGUAAUGGGAUCUUGCUACUCCAUCAUGGGGAAGAAGAAGAAGUCACCGUCAUCAACAACAACAACUUGGAAGAAGAAAUCAUUCGUGUCAUCAGCUACUAAUGCUAAUGCUGACCCAAGUGUGCUCCUUCAUAUUCCUGGCAGGUUCUCCACCAAUACUGCCACCAAAAUCGGCUGCUUAUAUACCCAGCAGGGCAAGAAAGGCACCAAUCAAGACGCCAUGCUCCUCUGGGAGAAUUUCAGCUCAACCACAUCAAGCGAUGCCGUUUUUUGUGGGGUAUUUGAUGGCCAUGGUCCUUAUGGUCAUUUGGUAGCCAAGAAAGUUCGGGAUUCCCUUCCGCUCAUAAUAUCUACUCACUGGAAUCCUGCUCAACAAUGCUGCCUUUCCGACACUGCGAAAGCUCCUGCACCAACUACAAAUCCUGAGGACGCUUCUUCCUUAAGUAUGGAUGAUGAAUCCUUUGAUUCCUUAGACGUUGAGGAAACUGAAACACCCCCAGAUAUGUUUCUUCCACUCAAAAAGUCUAUAUUGAAGACUUUUAAAUUAAUGGAUAAGGAGUUGAAGUUGCAUCCAAAAAUCGAUUGUUUUUGCAGUGGGACGACUGCUGUUACUCUGAUCAAGCAGGGCCAAGAUCUUGUUAUUGGAAAUGUUGGUGACUCCAGGGCAGUUCUGGCAACCAGAGACAAAGAUGACUCUUUGCUUGCUGUUCAAUUGACUGUUGACUUGAAGCCUGAUUUACCAAGGGAAGCUGCCAGGAUCCAGCAAUGUAAAGGAAGGGUCUUUGCUUUGCAGGACGAGCCAGAGGUUCCACGUGUAUGGUUGCCUAAUAAUGACUCACCUGGUCUGGCAAUGGCUAGAGCUUUUGGGGACUUCUGCUUAAAAGAUUUCGGUUUAAUUUCUGUUCCAGAUGUUUAUUAUCGCCGCCUUAACGAUAGAGAUGAAUUCAUUAUUCUUGCCACAGAUGGGGUUUGGGAUGUCCUCUCAAAUAAGGAAGCUGUUGAUAUCGUGGCUUCAGCCCCUGGCCGUGCAACAGCAGCCAGGGCUCUUGUAGACUGUGCUGUCCGAGCAUGGAGACUUAAAUAUCCAACAUCCAAGACUGAUGAUUGUGCAGUUGUAUGCCUCUUCCUUGAACAUCCAUGUGCAGUAAAUGGGGAGGUGGAAGAGCAGGAUUUGAGAAAGAUUCCUAUGGAGCCAGGGGAGCAUUUUGCGACUGAUGAGAACACUGGUCAAUUAGAAACAAAAGAAGAUUCUCGUGAUCCUGUUUUUAUGCAUUCGGGCAACACACGGAACUCUGACGAGAUUGUACCUGUCCCUGAGUUGACGGUGGAAAAUCCUUCAGUAAUGUGCCAGGGCCAGUCCAAGAGGAGCCUUGCAGAAUGCAUUUCAACUUCAGAGGAUGAAGAGUGGUCAGCCCUAGAAGGUACUACAAGGGUUAAUAGUUUGCUAAGCCUUCCGAGGCUCUUGUCUGGUGACAAAGGAGCAGCCAGUUGGCGAAAAUGGGUUUGAGAAAUCUGAAGCUUCUACACCCAUGCAUAUACUCUCAGCAAAUGCGGUUUCAAUCACUUCUUUGCAAUCAAACGUCAGUCAUACGUAUUAAGUAUAUAACUCUCAACUGUUCAUCAUUUCACAUAUUAUUAUAGAUAAUAAUAGUGCCUUUUUUCUUUAAUUCUCACUUUGGUCCUUGAAUUUUU